CUGCAGGUGCCGAAGGGCCGCGCGUGGGGUGGGCGGAGCGCUCCCCGCCCGCAGCGCUGCCGGCGGCGCCGUUCCCUCUGCGCACAGCGGCGGCGGGGCGAUGGGCUCCGCGCAGUCCGUGCCGCCCGAGAUGCGGGCGCUGGCGGAGCGCACCGGCUUCACCUCGGAGCAGAUCGAGCAGCUCCACCGGCGCUUCAAGCAGCUGAGCCACAACAGGAAGACCAUCCGAAAAGAGGACUUCGACACCAUCCCCGACCUCGAGUUCAACCCCAUCAGGGCCCGAAUCGUGCACGCCUUCUUCGACAAGCGGAACCUGCGGAAGGCGCCGGCCGGGCUGGCAGAGGAGAUCAACUUCGAGGACUUCCUGACCAUCAUGUCCUACUUCAGACCCAUCGAGAUGGACAUGGACGAGGAGCGGCUGGAGAGCUUCCGCAAGGAGAAGCUCAAAUUCCUGUUCCAUAUGUACGACGCCGACUACGACGGGAUCAUCACGCUGCAGGAGUACAAAAACGUGCUGGAUGAGCUGAUGUCUGGGAACCCCCACCUGGAGAAGGAGUCGCUGCGUGCCAUCGCAGAGGGGGCCAUGCUGGAGGCUGCCAGCGCGUGCAUGGCCCGCACGGGCCCAGACGAGGUGUAUGAGGGCAUCACCUUUGAGGAUUUCCUGAAGGUGUGGAAGGGGAUCGACAUCGAGACCAAAAUGCACGUCCGCUUCCUCACCAUGGAGGCCAUCGCGCACUGCUACUGAGCAGAAGGACGGAGCCUUCCCAGCAGCGCAGCGCUGGCUCAAGGCCACGGUCCGCUCUCUAGAACCCUAAGAGGUGUUUUAUCUGUAAUAAAAGGUAUUUCUGUUUUU